CAGUUGGCGUGGCGCAUGCGCAGAGCUGCGCGGGGCGAGCGGCGGCGGGGGGGUUGCUGGUGAGCCCCGGCCAGCUGAGGGGGUAAACAGGGGAGGGGGCGAGGGGCAGGGCCGGGGUUUAGGCCAGGCCAAGCCUGAGGGCCCUCCCUGAACCUUGGGGACAGCGCCCGCCGCUUGCGGGGGUCCCUCUGGCUCCCCCCUCCGCUCGGUCCCGCACUCCCCCCCCGCAUGGAUGGAGCUUCGCAACUUCCAGUGCCCGCUGCGCCCGGGAGGCCCUGACAGGUAAUUAAAUGCCCUUAGUGUGGAUCCUUGCUCUGGGGGCAUGCUUGGAUGCACAGCAGCUCUUCCAAUAGCUCCUUUUCAUCUGCCCCAUUGCACGAAGAUGGCAAAAGCCAACAUUACCAGAGACAUCAUCCACAGACAGAUCAAGGAGAGGGGUGCUCUGGGCUUUGAACGACACUAUCACGUCACCGACCCCUUCAUCCGACGCUUGGGCCUGGAAGCAGAGCUGCAGGGUCACUCUGGAUGUGUCAACUGUCUAGAAUGGAAUGAAAAAGGAGACUUGCUGGCCUCUGGCUCUGAUGACCAGCAUACCAUUGUCUGGGAUCCUCUGCACCACAAGAAACUCCUUUCUAUGCACACAGGACACACAGCAAACAUCUUCUCUGUCAAGUUCUUGCCACAUUCAGGGGAUCGGAUCCUCAUCACGGGAGCUGCAGAUUCCAAGGUGCAUGUCCAUGACUUGACUGUCAAGGAGACCAUCCACAUGUUUGGAGAUCACACCAACAGAGUUAAGAGGAUUGCCACAGCUCCCAUGUGGCCUAACACCUUCUGGAGUGCAGCAGAAGAUGGACUGAUCAGACAGUACGACCUGCGGGAGAACAGCAAACGCUCAGAAGUCCUCAUCGACCUGACAGAGUACUGUGGGCAGCUGGUGGAGGCCAAAUGCCUGACAGUCAACCCCCAAGACAACAACUACUUGGCCGUGGGGGCAAGCGGACCCUUUGUUCGCCUCUACGACAUCCGCAUGAUCCACAACCACAGAAAAAGCAUGAAGCAGAGCCCUUCAGCUGGAGUACACACAUUCUGUGACCGACAGAAACCUCUCCCAGAUGGGGCAGCACAGUACUACGUGGCAGGACACCUUCCAGUAAAACUUCCAGACUACAACAACCGUCUGAGAGUUCUGGUGGCCACGUAUGUCACCUUCAGUCCUGAUGGCACUGAGCUCUUGGUCAACAUGGGAGGGGAGCAGGUCUAUUUGUUUGAUCUAACAUACAAACAACGACCCUACACUUUUCUCCUCCCAAAGAAGUGCCAUACUUCAGGGGAGGUGCAGAAUGGAAAAACCUCCACCAAUGGAGUGUCAAAUGGCAUCCACCUCCACAGCAAUGGCUUCCGUUUGUCUGAAGGGAGAGCACAUGUCAGUCCCCAAGUGGAGUUACCUCCCUAUCUGGAGAGAAUCAAGCAGCAAGCCAACGAGGCCUUUGCUUGCCAGCUGUGGACUCAGGCCAUCCAGCUCUACAGCAAAGCAGUCCAGAAAGCCCCCAACAAUGCCAUGCUGUAUGGCAACAGAGCUGCUGCCUACAUGAAACGUAAAUGGGACGGGGACCAUUACGAUGCUUUAAGAGACUGCUUGAAGGCCAUAUCCUUGAAUCCAUGCCACCUGAAGGCCCAUUUCCGUCUUGCCCGCUGUCUCUUUGAACUCAAGUACGUGGCAGAAGCUCUGGAAUGUCUGGAUGACUUCAAAGGGAAGUUCCCAGAACAAGCUCACAGCAGUGCCUGCGACGCGCUCGACAGGGACAUCAACGCCGCCCUCUUCUCCAAGAGUGAUAACACUGAAGACAAGAAAGGGGGUGGCCCCAUCCGGCUGCGAGCCACAGGCCGCAAGGAUUCCAUCUCAGAGGAUGAGAUGGUGCUGAGGGAGCGCAGCUACGACUACAAAUUCAGAUAUUGUGGCCACUGUAACACCACUACAGACAUCAAAGAGGCCAAUUUCUUUGGCAGCAAUGCACAGUACAUAGUCAGUGGGUCAGACGAUGGCUCCUUCUUCAUCUGGGAGAAAGAAACCACCAACCUUGUUAGAGUGCUGCAGGGAGACGAGUCGAUUGUCAACUGUCUCCAGCCUCACCCCAGCUACUGCUUCCUGGCCACCAGUGGCAUUGACCCAGUUGUACGACUCUGGAACCCCAGGCCAGAGAGUGAGACUCUCAAUGGUCGGGUGGUGGUGGACAUGGAAGGUGCUUCCCAAGCAAACCAGAGGCGAAUGAACGCGGACCCGCUGGAGGUGAUGUUGCUGAACAUGGGGUACAGGAUUACAGGACUGACCAGUGGUGGGGCUGGAGGCUCAGAUGAUGAAGACAGCUCAGAGGGGCAAGUCCAAUGCCGGCCCAGCUAAAAUACAACUGCCUCUCCUUCCUUUUAAUUGUUUGGCUGAAAGGGAACCUAGUUUCCUUGGUCCAGAACUUUUCUGAUGACUGACUGCACUGUUUCGCACUAUGCACAGGGUAGGACAAGCUGGCAGGGGCAGGAGCAGCUGUCUCUAAACCACCACCACCUCCUCCUUCUCCCGUCACGCUACUGAGCAGCAUGGCAGUGCAGUCUGGGGUUUGCCUUUAGUGGAAUUUAGUCCCAACCAGGGGUCUUUGAGUUGUCUGUAAGCAGUGUAAGCUGGUGGUUUUGUUGUUUUUUGGUUGUUUUUUUUUUCCCCAGAGCUGCUGUAUGAUCUGGUACAGGGGGACAUUGCAUUUGCAGAGGAGCUGUUAAAUUCCUGAAUAAAAUACAAACCUAGGGCAGGGUUUAUGGAAUGAAUUUACUGCAGUGAUCUUGGUCUUGGAAGCUUGACGCUGCUUUCGUGCUGUGUAGUGGCCUCUGGUUUAGGGUUCUUGGCCAUCAAAGACCUAUUUUGUCCCAUAACAUCUUUCUUCUGGCUUCAGUCUCUAACACGUUGUCACCAGAUCAGUAUUAAGGACUGGAUAUUGCCUGUCUUGUCCCUGGGCAUCUGUCUUAGUUGAUGAAUCAGUGAAGGGACUGAGUUUGUGCAGCUCAGUGGGGCAGGGUGUGCUUGCCCAGCUCUUCUGUGGCCUAUGAACCCUUGAAGAAGGGUGUCAGUGAUGGGAGCAGGUUUGAUCAGGGGCCUAGGACUUGUGUAGCUAAAGCUGCUGAGGAAAGGGGCUGGGAACAGCACUUUUCCAGAGCUUCUCUCUCCCUUGCCCUAAGUGUCUGCAGCUGUGUUCACCUCCUCCUCUCCGGGUCACCUGUGCUGGAGUUGAGAACCUUGUCACAAUGUGUGUGUUGACCUAAAGUUUGGAGCUCUUAGCCACGUUUUUUGUGCAGUCAGCUGCUCUGUCUCAGCCAGGCCUUUUCCACCUGGUUGUUGGUGCAGCAUCUGAUGGAUUAAUGGUCCUCUCAGGAACCCUCCUGCCUCUUCCCACUCUCCUCACACCGACUCCACGCAGCCAGGAGAGAGAAACAGCGCUGGACUUUCCUUCCUCCCCUUCUUGUGUAACACCCAGCCUGUGUUUUUCCCUCACACAGUGGCCAAACACUAAAUAUCAAAUAGCUCUUACACAGCUGUGCUACAACCCACUCUGAAGAGCUUGGGUUUUUGGUUGUUGUUUUUUUUUUUUUUUCUAGGACUACCAACUAAGACCAAAGAGCCCCUGGAGAUCUUAACUGCUCCGUGCUGUUUCGUGUCUCUUACUGCUGAAGGUCUGAACGUGUUGGCCUCAGUCCCAGGGGUGUGAGACGUGUGUCUGGGAGUGCUUGUGCACGUGUGGAUGCUGCAUUAGGGCUGUUCUUCCAUGUGGUGCAAUCCUUGGUCUUCCUGUUCCUGCUGUGGAAAGUCGAGAGGCCUCCCUUUCCUCCUCUGGCUGCUUCUGGCUGCCAGGCAUUGAUGAGAGAGACUGCGCAGUGCUGGCUGAUCAAGGUAACUGUUGGCUUCCUCUCCCUUCCAGAACAGUCUGUAUGAGCUGAGUGAGCUUUGUGCAGGAGGGAGAGAGGUCACAGAGGCUCUGAGCCAGCAGCAUCUCUCCAAGGAAACUGUUCCCUGCAGAGAGAGAUCCCCCUCACCCCCCUGGUGGAGCUAGCAGGGACCUGAUCUGCCCCUCAGACCUCACGAUGUCCCUCUGCUCUCUCACCUCUGGGGGAAAUUGAGCUGAAACAGAAUAUGUCCCUCCCCACCCCAAAAUGACUGGCUGGCCCUCUGGGGUGGCAGACUCACCCUCCCAUUUUCUCCUGGGACAGAUUGUCCCUGGGCUGCUUGAGGGCACCUGGGCUCCUUGCCAGGCAGGACCAGCGCCGCAGUCCUCAGUUUACCUGUUUGGUUUGUGUACCAGUUCCCCUGUCCCAGUUGCACCCCAGCACUGAAUUCUCUUUAAAACCCAGAGGCAACAGAAGAUUCUUCUCACUUGGGUGGCUUUUUGACAUCAUCUGGCCUUUUCCUUUUUUUAGCUGAAGGCUUUCCUGCUAGACGCAUCCUCUUUUCCCCCCACACCUUCUCCUCCCACUCAAACUUUUUUUUUUUCCAGCUUUCAGUAGACAAUGUCUGCAGACUUUGAUUUUUAAACUGAGAAACCGAGUUGGAAAGCUCUGAAGAGAACAGACCUCUCCCUCCCCAUUCACCUUUUGCUGUGGCAGCUUUUUUUUGUUGGGUUUUGUUUUUUUUUUUACCCUUGUGAGAUAGUGCAGCUCUUUUACCUGCCAGUUGCAGUGAGAAAGCUGCACAACUCCCUGCCUCUGCAGUGGAUGGCUUUUUUCCUAAUGGCUGCUUUGGUUAAAAAAAAGAUAAAUAAUGGGAGAGAAGGGGAUAGGAAAAACUUGUUCUGCCUCUAGCCCCUUUUCUCCUUGUUGUGGGCAGAUUACCUGCAUUGUCACUUGUUAAUGAGGAGUUUGAAUUUAUUGGCAAAGGGAAAAACAUGCUGGGGAAGUAGGGAGAAGAUGUUGCUUUAUUGACCUCUGCUGUUUACUUCAACCCCUCUUUGGGAAAGCUUCUUCCUGCUCUUUCUGGUUAACUCUUUCUAUCCUGGGAUAUGCAGGGAUGCCUCCUUUAUUUUUGUAUUCUAGCAAUGGGCUCUCCGUUAGGAAAUGUGAGGAUUUUUCUUAGUGUUGCAGUGACCAUUGCUUUUUGCUUUUUUUCAAGUCCUAAAGAUGAUCAUCUCAUAAACUUUGCCCCUGUGGUUGUAGAAGUAACACACAAGCCUUACUGCCCUCAUUGGAAGGAGCAGAAAACUUUCUCUGGUCCCUGGAAGAGAAAAAAAAAAAAAAAAAAAAAAAAAAA